AUGUCCGGUUUCAAGAAUAUCCUCCUCAUCGGCGCCACCGGCUCCAUUGGGAGCUUUGUCCUUGCCGGCCUUGAGGCUGAGUCGAGCUUCAACGUCACCCUUCUGCAGCGAUCCUCGUCCAAAUCCAAGCUGCCGUCCCACCUCAAGGUUAUCACCAUCGCGGAUACAUAUCCCACCCACGAACUAGUAUCGGCGUUCACCGGCCAGGAUGUGAUCGUGAACUGCAUGACGUCUCUCUCAGUCGGCGACCAGUUCCGCAUGAUCGACGCCGCCAUCACGGCGGGAGUCAAACGCUACGUCCCCAGCGAGUACGGGCUGAACAACAUGCGGCCUGACGCGCAGGCUCUCAAUGCCGUCUUCCACGACAAGGGAAAAGUACAGGAGUACCUGCGGUCCAAGGCUGACCAGGGCGUCUUGGAGUGGAUGUCGGUCUCGUGUGGAAUGUGGAUGAAAUGGAGCAUGGCGCACGACUUCUUGGGCAUGCACGUCAAGGAGAAGAAGUUCGUGUUCUGGGACGACGGAGAAGGGUUGAUGUCCUUCACCACGGAGGAGAACACCGCUUCUGGGUUAGUGAGAGCGCUGCAAAUGCCAUUGGAGACGAAGAACACCAACGUGCUUCUGAGCGAUUUCGCCGCUUCACAGAAGCAGAUGUUGGAAGCCAUCGAGAGGAUUCACGGGGUCAAAUAUUCCACGGAAACCAUCGACAGCCGUGCUUUGAUCGAGGAGAAGCAGGCGGCCGUGAGAAACGGAGAUGCCUUCGCGACGUUCUCAUUGAUCGAAACAGGAUUCGUGACAGGGAAGUAUGGUGGGCACCUGGAGAAGGAGGGUGUCAUUAUGAACGAGAAGCUUGGCUUGCCGAAACGAUCGCUGGAUGAGGUUGUACAGGCUGCGCUCAAAUUUGUUGGCGCGAUCUAG